UAAAAUAGUUCGUCGUUUUCAGUCUGUGCCCGAAAGGGUUAAACUGUGUAAUUGGAUCAAUGGGCAUAAUGCAAAGCCCCCAGCAUCUAAUUUCAUUUGUAAACAGCUCUCGUUGUGCCUGCCGCUGAAACAAACUCCAAAAGUUACCGUCGACCAUGGGACAAGCCUGCUUUCUAAAAACAACUUGUUGAAGGGGGUUUAUGCGCCAUCCUGCCACCUGGUAAAUGUUUAUGGGAGAUAUUAUACCGCCGCUUGGUUGCCAUGGAAGAAAGGGAAGGUACUGAGCGGUGUCAACUUUUCACAUGGAGCUUAUCCUAAACUGAUGAACGCAGUCUGCAUGUAGAUGUGCCGGAGAUAUUCAUCCUUUCACAUCAGAUCGAGAAACUCUGGAUUCAUGUCGACGUGGGACGUCGAGUGCACAAGUGUUUUGGCCUGGAUACGAUAAAAAAAGUCGUCACCGGAGAGGCCGUAUCGCUGGGUAACGACCCACUAAUAUCUAACAUUCUUCCCUGCUUUUGUUUGACAGACAGCCGCCAUCAUUCCGUGCUGCGGAGGCGACCCCAAAAUGUCUUCCAACGGCGAUCUGCAGGACGCUGGGAGCUGGGACAGCUUCUGGGAGCCGGGGAACUACAAGAGGACGGUGAAGCGCAUUGACGACGGAUACAAACUGUGCAACGAGCUGGUCAGCUGCUUCCAGGAGCGGGCCAAGAUUGAGAAGGGUUAUUCACAGCAGCUCAGCGAUUGGGCCAAAAAAUGGAGUGGGGUGGUGGAGAAAGGGCCUCAGUAUGGCACUGUGGAGAAGGCCUGGCAUGCGUUUAUGAACGCAGCAGACAAACUGAGUGAGAUCCAUAUGGAGCUUAAAGAGAAACUGAUGAAUGAGGACAGUGAGAAGAUUCGAAACUGGCAGAAGGACGCCUUCCACAAGCAAAUGAUCGGUGGAUUUCGUGAGACCAAAGAUGCCGAUGAAGGUUUCCGCAAAGCCCAGAAACCAUGGGUCCGAAAACUGAAAGAAGUGGAAUCCUCCAAGAAGAUUUAUCACCAGGCUCGGAAGGAAGAGCGCACCGCAAUGACCCGUGAAACCCACGCCAAGGCGGAUCCCACCAAAUCCCCAGAGGAGAUCCGAAAGUUCACGGACCGUGUGGAGAAAUGUACCCAAGAGGCCGAGAAGACUAAGGAUCGAUAUGAGAAAGCCCUGGACGAGCUCAAUCGCAGUAAUCCCCGUUACAUGGAGGACAUGGAGCAGGUCUUUGAAAUCACCCAGGACGCUGAAAAAAAGAGGCUGCAGUUCUUUAAAGACGUUAUGCAGGACAUGCACCAGCACCUGGACCUCUCCAGCAAUGACAGGUUUCGAGGCCUGUACCGAGACCUCGGCCAGACCAUCAGCACAGCCAACGACACCGAGGACCUCCGGUGGUGGAGGAACACCCAUGGGCCCGGAAUGAGCAUGAACUGGCCGCAGUUUGAGGAGUGGUCACCAGAGGCGACCCGAUCCAUCAGUCGGAAGGACAGAAACGGUCGCUCUGAUGACGUGGUCACCUUGACUAAUGUCGUCUCGGCAGGAGAUGAACUUCCACAAACGCCACAGGAAACGAACAGGGCCGGUAAAGACUACUCUUCAGACUGGUCCGAUGACGAGAGCCCUAAAAAAUACAUUGCAGCCAACGGGAUGGACGAGGAGGAGAAGGUAGUCGGAGUUCGAGUUAAAGCGCUGUAUGAUUAUACAGGGCAGGAGGCUGAUGAGCUGAGCUUUAGAGCAGGUGCAGAGUUAAUGAAGCUCAGUGAGGAGGACGAGCAGGGCUGGUGUAAAGGUCAGCUGGACAGUGGAGAGGUUGGACUUUACCCUGCGAACUACGUCCAAGACAUCACGUCAUGAUAACUUGCUCUGAGCGAGACCACCCCUCCUUUUCUGUGGUAGCCGUAAUGUUGCGUCACACUGAACUGUUGGAAAUGUGACGGCUACACAGCGUCCCAACCAGAUGAUGGACUGAUAACAUGAUACAUGAGAAUAUCAGACAGGAGCGCACAGUUCACUUUUGUCUUUUGUUGUUUUUUUCCUGACACACUAGAGUGCCUUUUGUUCAACACUAGAGACAUUCACAACAGCUUCAUUAUGAUCAGUGGACACAUUUGAUUUUGUUCACAGGAAACGUGAAUCUCCACUGCGGGAUUUGUUUCGGAAGAUUGGCAAACUGUAACCCACAACAUGGCAGUUUUUAUGUCAUUUAGUAUUUCAUCAUUUCAAGUAUUUGAUCGAAUGCAUGCUGAAAUCAUAUUCAGGUUUUGCAAAUGAGAAGCAUGUUGGUGUGUUUAUAUAGUUUGUGUAAUAUGUUAGAUUGUUUUAGUUACACCAAAUUGAACAUUUUUUUUGGCUGUAGUUCAGAAGUAAUACAACAUGCAUAAUUCUGUUGUGUUUCAUAUUUACCUUAAUAUACAGCUCUUAAUCGUGAUCUGAGAGAUCUGAAUUCUAGAAAGGGGAUUGUUUUACUUUUUGGUUUUAUUUGGAGAGCAGGACAGGUUUAUAUGUUGUCAAUUGAACUGAAAUAUUUACAAAAGGUGGGUAAGAGCUCUAAAUUUCUUUAGUCUUGUCAAAGUGCGCGAGGGGUAGUUAUUGCCACACCUUCCGCCUCCAGUAUGCCCCACUGUGAACAUGAUUUUACAUAAACUACUGUAACAGCCAAUACUAAUCAAUGUAAAAAAAUAAAUAAACACAAAUGA